UCUCUGCUACAAAGCUUGUAGGUUUGUCUGUUUUCUCUUUUUCCUCUCUGUCUAAUUGCUGCGCUCCGCGUUACAUGUCUUUUCCGUGAGAUUCCGAACAAACCGCGUUCCACGACGACUUCACUUGUUUUCCCAUUUCUUUUUUAAACAAACUGAAAAAAAUAAACUCUCUCUCUCACUCAUCACUCUCUCCUCUGCAUUUCCAUAUACAUCUUAUAAACCCCUCCCACCCUUCCCUCACAUUUUUAUAUUAUAUCACUCCUUAUCACCACCACCCUAUCAAUACAUAUUAUUAUAAGUCACUGUUUGUUUCCAAUUUGAGUUUCUUUCUCAUCAAUGAGGUCUCAUCCGAGGCACGAGCGCCGAUGGGCCUCGGACUCGGUUCCUGAGAAGUCGCUGGUCAGCACCGGAACCUCGCCGGCCAUGACCGACGAUUCGAGCUCCGGGGCCGAUCAGGAAUUCGUAGAAGUAACUCUCGAUUUACAGGACGACAACACCAUCGUCCUCCGCAGCGUCGAGCCUGCCACCGUCAUUCACAUCGACGACCUCGCCGGCGUCGGCGCCUCAUCCGGAACAGAAACUCCGGCUUCUGCCUCGGCCUCGGCUUCACGGUCGCCGUCGACGAUGCGCCGAAGCUCCUCCAACAAUCGGAUACGCCAGUUCUCUCAGGAGUUGAAAGCCGAGGCGGUGGCAAAGGCGAAGCAGUUCUCUCAGGAGCUUAAAGCCGAGCUGCGGAGAUUUUCGUGGAGCCAAGGCCACGCCUCGCGCGUUCUGUCGGCUUCGGCUUCUCAGAAUGCCGGUGCCGGAACUUCCACCGGCACGUUCGACUCGGCGCUGGAGGCUCGCGCGCUGAGGCGGCAGCGAGCUCAGCUGGACCGCACUCGGUCUGGGGCGCAGAAGGCGCUUCGCGGGCUGAGGUUCAUCAGCAACUGCAAGAGCACGAAGUUUAAUGGCGUCGACGCCUGGAACGACGUCGAGGCCAGCUUCAAUAAGUUCGCCAAAGACGGCCAGCUCCUCCGCUCCGAUUUUGCUCAAUGCAUCGGAAUGAGAGAUUCGAAGGAGUUUGCUCUGGAGCUGUUCGAUGCGUUGGGCCGGAGACGGAGAAUGAAGGUGGACAAAAUCAGCAAGGACGAGCUUUACGAGUUCUGGUCCCAAAUUUCCGAUCAAAGCUUCGAUUCGCGGCUUCAGAUCUUCUUCGACAUGGUGGACAAGAAUGAAGAUGGUAGAAUUACUGAAGAGGAAGUAAAAGAGAUUAUCAUGUUGAGUGCCUCCGCAAACAAGCUAUCGAGAUUGAAGGAACAAGCAGAGGAAUAUGCAGCUCUCAUCAUGGAAGAGUUGGAUCCCGAAAGACUUGGCUACAUUGAGCUGUGGCAAUUGGAAACCCUUCUACUACAAAAGGACACGUACCUAAACUACAGCCAAGCACUGAGCUACACGAGCCAAGCUCUAAGCCAAAACCUCCAAGGGCUGAGAAGGAGAAGUCCAAUACGCAGAAUGAGCACAAAACUGCUCUAUUAUUUGCAGGAAAACUGGAGGAGAAUCUGGGUUUUGACAUUGUGGGUUGCCAUUAUGAUCGGGCUCUUCACAUGGAAGUUCUACCAGUACAAGCAGAAAAAAGCUUUUCAUGUAAUGGGUUAUUGCCUUCUCACGGCUAAGGGCGCUGCCGAGACUUUGAAAUUCAACAUGGCUCUGGUGCUAUUGCCUGUUUGUCGAAACACCAUCACUUGGCUCAGGAACACCAGGCUAGGGUUCUUUGUGCCUUUUGACGACAACAUCAACUUCCACAAGACCAUUGCUGCAGCCAUUGUAGUUGGUGUCAUUCUCCAUGCUGGGAACCAUCUUGCCUGUGAUUUUCCAAGGCUUAUAGAGGUCUCCAUAUCGGACUACGACAAGUAUUUGGUUCAAGACUUUGGAAAACAUAAACCCAAAUAUAUAGAUUUGAUCAAAGGAGCUGAGGGCGUGACUGGAAUUAUAAUGCUGACGUGCAUGGUAAUUGCUUUCACACUCGCUACACGAUGGUUCAGGCGCAGCAUUAUUAAGCUUCCCAAGCCCUUUAACAGGCUCACUGGCUUCAAUGCCUUCUGGUAUUCCCAUCACUUAUUUGUCAUUGUCUACGCCUUGCUCAUUAUCCACGGCGUUUUCCUCUACAUGGUGCACACAUGGUACCUUAAGACGACUUGGAUGUAUAUUUCUGUUCCUAUUUUACUAUAUGCUGGAGAAAGGACCCUGAGAAUCUUCCGGUCUGGCUUCUAUACUGUUCAUCUUCUGAAGGUUGCUAUUUAUCCUGGAAAUGUUCUCACAUUGCAAAUGUCUAAGCCUCCCCAGUUCAAAUACAAAAGUGGACAGUACAUGUUUGUCCAGUGCCCAGCUGUUUCUCCCUUUGAGUGGCAUCCAUUUUCGAUUACAUCAGCUCCCGGCGAUGACUACCUUAGUGUUCACAUUCGUCAGCUUGGUGACUGGACACAAGAGCUUAAGAGAGUUUUCUCAGAAGCCUGUGAGCCUCCCUUAGCUGGGAAGAGCGGCCUCCUAAGGGCUGAUGAAACAACCAAGACAAGUUUGCCCAAGCUUUUAAUAGAUGGACCUUAUGGUGCCCCAGCACAAGAUUACCGGAAAUAUGAUGUCCUGCUACUUGUUGGUCUUGGAAUCGGCGCAACGCCUUUCAUCAGUAUUCUAAAAGAUUUGCUCAACAAUAUUGUCAAAAUGGAAGAGCAGGCAGACUCUCUUUCAGAUAUGAGUAGAGCAUCAGACCUAAGUGCUGGGAGUACAGAUUCUCCGAAUCCAAACAAGGUUUAUCCGAGACGGAAAAAGACUCUGAAGACCACCAAUGCCUACUUUUAUUGGGUGACGAGGGAGCAAGGCUCAUUUGAUUGGUUCAAAGGAGUGAUGAAUGAAGUUGCAGAACAGGAUCAAAGGGGUGUCAUUGAGAUGCACAACUACUUGACCAGCGUGUACGAGGAAGGCGACGCUCGAUCAACACUCAUCACCAUGGUCCAAGCUCUCAACCAUGCUAAGAAUGGGGUCGACAUUGUGUCUGGCACAAGGGUAAGAACUCAUUUUGCAAGGCCUAAUUGGAAGAAAGUUUUCUCAAAAACUUGCUCAAAGCACUGUAAUGCAAAGAUUGGUGUUUUCUAUUGUGGAGCACCAGUUUUGGCCAAAGAACUUAGCCAGCUCUGCUAUGAGUUUAAUCAAAAAGGUUCAACCAAGUUCGAAUUCCACAAGGAGCACUUUUAAAGCACUCUGGGAAUACAUAUAUAGCUACCACUUUAUAUAGCUUCUCCAUUCAAAUCCACCUCUAGCUAACACACCUCCCUUCACCUGCAGAGUAAGAAAAUUUUGAAAUAAUCUUAGAUUGAUAAAUAAGAAAAGGGUUUCUGUACAGUCUUGGGUAGAAAAAGAAAGGAAAAAAAAAUUCAAGUAUAUAAAUAUGUAUUUAUACAGAAUAUUAUGUAUUUAGUAUUUAGCCAUAUAAAUUAUUAUAAAGUAAGGAAGCACUAGCAGAAGAAAUAUUCUGAUUAGUGAGAAGACAAUAGGAAUUUGAAUGCUGCAAUGGGCCUGCAUUGUACACUUGGCUAGAGAUGAUAGGUGGGAAGGUGACCAAAAAGAAAUGUCAUUGUUGGGGAGCUAGUAGAGAGCUAGAGUGCGGUACAGCCAGAAGUUGACCUGAUUGCUAAUGGAAGAAGACAUUUUCAUAGGUGGGGGUAGAAGAAGACAGUUUGGGAAAAAGGAAGAAGCAAAAGAAGGAAGAAGGUUCUUUGGACUUAUGGAGGUGGUGGGGGUGAGAUGGCUUUUGUCUGUUUGAGUGAUUCAUCUCCUCCUUUUGUGAAGUGGGCUCAGAGAAUCCUUCUAGAAUGUGUAUGAUUAUGAUGAUCUGCAGAGGAUCCCAUGCAGUGCAAUUAUUUUAUUAUAACCUUACUUUUACAAUAAUAGAAUUUUGCCUGUAAAUGAGGAUCAUACUUUAAUUAUUUUUAUUUUUCACUGUGGUCAUCAGAUCCAUAUGAAUGAAAGAUAAGAUUGAAGUAUCUUUGGAAGA